AUGCAUCCUAAAGGCCCAAACUUCUUCUCUUCAUUUCCAUCGAUCUCUCUCUCAACAUUCCCAAUUCAAAAAUUUCCAAAUCACAAAACCCUAGCUUGGAAGAGAACGGCGGCUCCGCCUCUCCUCGCCGUUCGCCGUGCGCCGCGCCGGUCGUCGGGUGGCUGCUGUCUCGCAGUCAGCGCCGCCAGCCGCCAGCUAUGGACCGGCGACGAGCCCGUGCCGCUUCCGUCGCGCGAUUUACCGCUGCCUCCUUCGCGAGGCAGCCACGACACCCACCGGAGAUUCACGUUUUCUGCCGCCGUCUCGCGCCCUCCGUCGAGCGCUCUCAUCCUCGGCGAACCCAGCAGCAGAGAGGAGGCAUCGCCUCCUUCUCCCUCUCUCAGACCUGCUCAGGCCGCUGCCGUUCCUCGUGCUGCCGGAGCAGCUUCCCGGCGCCACUCCAGCCCUGGUCGCUGCCUCCUCACCAACUCCCGAGAGAUGGUGAAACUAGUGAAUCGGGGGUGUGGGGCUGUCGCCGAAACUCAGUCGCCGGAAUUUCGGCAGAAUCCUAUUUUGGAGGUGAGAAAGGAAGGUGUGGCUGUUGUGUUGUUCUUGGGCUCGGCCCGCUCCCCUCGGCCCAACAGACUGCUCAAAGACGGGCUAUAGUUCGGGCCUGGAGAAGAGGCCCGAAGUGCAUCAAAAAUUUAUCUCUUCUUUUCUUUGUUUUCUUUCUUUGAAGCCUUUGAUCCAUGUAAACUUUUGAAGUUAGUCAAUAGUUUAUUGCAUAUGUAAAGCUAUUCGAAAAUUCUUUAUAUUCUGUAACGUAUAUUAGCUUGUUUUA